CCAUUUCAGAGGUGUACAUUGCUUCUCCCUCUCGAUCUCUCGUCCCGUUCUACGAGAAGCCUAGAGGUGCAAUGCGCGAAGCGGGCAGGGAAGCAGCGAUACCCCUCGGAGAAAAAGAAGCUACAGAGGAUCACCCGAACCCUCCGCGAAUCCGACGUCAAGAACCGGGAGGACGGCUUCUGGAGGCUCUCUAUGCUCGGCGUGCCCGCGCACAAAGACCCCGGGAAGGACUUCACCGGCGUCUCCCUCCCGCUUCUUGAGGCCAUUGCCAAAGUCCUCAAGUUCCCGGUUGCUGCAAUGUUACCUCAAGAAGCCUUUUCUGUUGUCAGGAAAUCCUUUGAUGCAAGAAAGGUGCUGAAGGAAGCUGAGUUUGUGUACACAGUGGACAUGGACAUUAAGAAACUUUUGAAUCUGGAGCCUCGUACAUGGGACUUUGUUGCUAGAUUAGAACCUAAACUUGGGGUUGUAGAAUAUAUGUCAACAGCAAAACAGCCUAGUGAUUUGGUCAGCAUUUUGCAUGAUUCAAGACAAGUCCAGGAUGAAGUUGUCCAAGAAGAUAUGUUUGAAACUCAGAACAAAAGCUUGAACAAGGUUCUGCCUAAGAGACCAAAAAUUGCAGUUAUUGGCAGUGGACCAUCGGGCUUAUUUGCUUCUCUUGUUCUUGGGGAGCUUGGUGCUGAAGUGACUUUGAUAGAAAGGGGUCAACCAGUUGAGAAAAGAGGGCGUGAUAUUGGCGCUUUGGUUGUGAGGAGGGUUCUACAAUCAGAAAGUAACUUUUGUUUUGGAGAGGGUGGUGCAGGUACAUGGAGUGAUGGGAAGCUUGUUACAAGAAUCGGAAAGAAUAGCAAUGGUGUCCAAGCUGUAAUGAAGACUUUAGUUCAGUUUGGAGCCCCUGCAAAUAUCUUGGUCGAUGGGAAGCCUCAUUUGGGAACUGAUAGAUUAGUUCCAUUGUUACGCAACUUUCGCCAGCAUCUCAAAGGGUUGGGUGUUGAUAUAAAGUUCAGCACUAGAUUGAAUGAUCUUAUCGUGGAAAACAGGCAAGUGGUGGGAGUCCAAGUUUCUGAUGCAUCACAUAGUCCUGAUUUUGACAAUCAAGAAUUAUUGUGUGAUGGAGUUGUUCUGGCAGUGGGUCACUCAGCACGCGAUGUAUACCAGAUGCUGCUUCAGCAUGAUGUAGAGUUGGUCCCCAAAGAUUUUGCUGUUGGCUUGCGAAUUGAGCAUCCACAAGAACUUAUUAAUAGAAUUCAGUACUCUGCAUUGGCUACCGAAGUUUGUAAUGGGCGUGGAAGAGUACCUGUUGCAGACUACAAGGUAGUGAAGUAUGUCAAUGGAGAUCAUGAUGGGACUACUGGAAUAGGGGAUUCAUUUCGUAGCUGUUAUUCAUUCUGCAUGUGUCCAGGUGGACAGGUUGUUCUAACUAGCACAAAUCCAUUAGAGCUGUGUAUCAAUGGCAUGUCGUUCUCUAAACGUGCAUCAAGAUGGGCAAAUUCGGCACUAGUUGUCACGGUUUCUUCAAAUGAUUUUGAUAGCUUCAGAGCCCAUGGGCCUCUUGCUGGUCUUGAGUUUCAGAGGGAGUUCGAAAGAAGGGCUGCUGUAAUGGGGGGAGGGAACUUUGUUGUCCCUGCACAAACUGUCCCUGAUUUUCUUGACAAUAAACUGUCAGAAACACCUCUACCACCAUCAAGCUACCGCCUGGGUGUUCAUGCGUCAAAACUUCAUGAGCUCUUCCCGUCUCGCAUAACAGAAGCUUUACAGCAGUCGAUAGUGAUGUUUGACAAAGAGCUGCCAGGCUUUAUUUCCAAAGAUGCUCUUCUUCAUGGUGUAGAGACGAGGACGAGCUCGCCGGUUCAGGUAUCGCGUCAUGCAGACACCUACGAGAGCACGUCACUUGGAAGGUUGUACCCGAUUGGUGAAGGCGCAGGGUAUGCCGGGGGGAUCGUCAGCGCUGCCGUUGAUGGUAUGUACUGUGGGUUUGCAGUGGCCAAAACGCUUGGCUUGUAUCGGGGCGACAUAGAAUCAGUGCUGGGUAGAGCUCACCAGAACACAGGGUUUGUCAAGUACUGAGUUCUUUUUUUUUGGUGUUGUGUGUGAAGCGGAAUGUAAAAUUACGAUCUGCACUCGUAGGUCGGAGAGUCUCACCUUAGGUGACCGAGUUCUGGAGGCUUUGCCACUGGGCUUACUGGAUAUCAAUGAUGAGUUUAUUCUGAUUGGCACAAAGUUGGUUGAGCCCAGCCGCCUUAUUCUCACUUUGGCUGAUCACGAUCUUUACCUUACGAUGCCUCCCAAAC